CCCCGCCCGUUCCGCCCUCGUCGUCAGAAUCAUUGCAUUUGCUCAUCACCGACCGCGACCCCGACGAUGCUGCCCCGACUUGCUGCCCGCGCCGCGUCGAAGAGUGCUAGCGCGGCCUCGAAGCGCGUGCUGCAGAGUGCGCCCUCAGCGGGCAAGCGCGCCCUCAGCGCUUCCGCAUGCCGCCGGUCGGAUGCCUUGUUCGUCCACCGGGACACGCCGUACAACAACCCCAAGAUCCCAUUCGAGUUCAACGCGGAGAACCUGAAGCGCGCGGAGGAGAUUAUCGCGCGGUACCCGCCGCAGUACAAGAAGGCGGCUGUUAUCCCCCUCCUCGACCUCGGGCAGCGCCAGAACAAGGGCUGGACGAGCAUUAGCGUGAUGAACUACGUCGCGCGCUUGCUGGGGAUGCCGCCCAUGCGUGUAUACGAGGUGGCGACGUUCUACACCAUGUUUAACCGGGAGCCGAUCGGCGAGCACUUUGUGCAGGUGUGCACGACGACGCCGUGCAUGCUGCGCGGGUCGACGGAUAUCCUGAACACGGUGUGCAACGAGCUGAAUGUGAAGCCGGGAGGGACGUCGAAGGACGGGAAGUUCACGGUGGUAGAGGUCGAGUGUCAGGGCGCGUGCAGUAAUGCGCCGAUGAUGGUCGUUGGGGAUGACUUCUAUGAGGACCUCACGCCCGAGUCGACGAAGCGCAUCCUCGCUGCAUUCAGCAAGGGCGAGAAACCCAAGGCUGGCCCGCAGAGCAACAGGCAAACGAGCGAGAACAGCGCGGGCUUGACUGCUUUGACGUCGAAGCCGUACGGUCCUGGCGAAUUCUGCACACCGGAGUUCCAAUAGAUCGGCAGUCUGUAGAGCAAUGGAUUUCUACUAUCUUUUUAGCGCAAACUCAGGUGACCGCUGGUCAGGCGACUGGUGUCCAUGGCAACAUGUCUGAACCCGCU